AUGCCGCAGCGUUCCCGGACUGCGACCGCGAGCACACCCCAGGAGCCAGCAGACGACAAGACGAGAGCUGCGGUUAAGGCUUUGGCCGAACUGUGCACAGCUUGUGGAGUGGAGGAAGCGGCGCUCGCAACCUCCGAGGUGUCUGCACAGCGGCGUUUGUCAGAGAGGCAGAUCUGGCUCCGAGAUUGCACCGGCGCGGAAUUGUUGGGAAAGGAGAAGGGAAUCAGCAAUCCUUUCCAUGGGGCCGUCCAGGACAUGCUCCACGACCAGAGCAUGAUAGGCGUCUCGGCGGUUUGUGGGGGCUUUUCCGUUGCGAUCAUCAGUGCCGGCGAGGCCUUGAGACCACUGAAGGGUCGCGACGGUGCUGCUGGGCGAACAGCAGCGAAAGGCACGAUCUCUGGGAUGAUGGGCCUGUGCAAGUGCGAAG